UCUGAAAUGUAUUUCUAACUGAUGGACCGAAGUUACCUCAGGAACAUUGAAGAUGAUUAAGAAAGAGCUGCCCAGGCCGCAUCGUCGGGAAAUAAAACCUCAAAAAACCAGGCAGCUGCGUCGCACUGAAAGGGUGAAAUAUCAGUCAAGAUGUAUAAAAACCCCGGCCACUUUUGAAUCGCAACAUGUUUCUUUCCUCUCCCUUAACCCAAGCGCCUACAAGUAUCCCUCACUCGCCCCAAGACAUCUCCGCUGACCCGUACUUCACCAUAUGUGCUACGCUGAAGAUUCCGUCGAAUACCAGACAGCCACAUGUAAGAUGUGCGCUGUCACCAAAUUGGUGUAUCAGAAGUCUCGAACAGCGUGUCCCCAUGUGCAAGCGAUGGGCAUCUGUCAGAGCCGUGAGAAUCAUCCUCGAGGAGCGAACAUUAUUCACUAUCGCAACGCUGAGAUAAACACCUUCAAUGGGUGUGGUUACUGCAAGUGGGCUGAAAGGCAUCCAGACGGAACCCAAAGAGACCGUCUUAGCAAUCCUGGUUGGCCCGGCUGCUGUCGCCCCCCCUCCGCCCAAGACUACCAACUCUACAUAGAUAAAGCCGACUGGCCGGCCGUCAGCUCUAUCUUCAAAUUAUCACACGUUGCGUCUUCCAACGAGGGGCACAAGGGCAGCACCCCGCAAACUUCGCGAGAUUCUUCGUCGUCACCCUCAAUGCGUGAGGAGCCAUGCAUAAAGCUCCGAUCUUCCCCCACGGCAAAGCCAAUGACAACAUGGCCGGUGCCACGGUCUCAUUCACCAAACAGUCGUGUGCAGCCACCUCGAGUCGCGACGGACCCGGUUCCCCGAUCAAGCAGUCCACUCGCUUUUGGUAACGGUAAACGCGAGCGCCCCAGUACGCCGCCGAUCGUGGCUACGGCAUCAAAAGAUGCGCAAGCGCAAGCGCGCUCUAAUAAGGGAACCGGAACACCAACCCAUUACAAAAACAGCAGCUCCGGUUCUCCUGACGAACCAACCACACCGCCCGCCCGUCAACAUAAUGAGCUAGCUUCCACCCGGCAGCGUCUUGCUCCCCAAUCAGACAUUGUCACCGUCGAGAGAUCCUCCUUUGUGGUUCCUCGCGAAACUCCGGACGCGUCCACACCGCGCCGUACCACCAUCGCCAUCCAAAACCAAAGCGCCUUCUACCCCAGAGAAGACGCGACGCUAUCUCUCCGCAACCGCGCAUCCAUACGGCCAAAUGCAUCGCCUCGGUCGAUUGACGUCCCAGUCGUCAUGCCAGAAGCAAAUAGGAAUGCGACUCCACCCGCAGUCCGGACACCUAUGGAGGGUAUGGUGGCAGCAGAUCGCAGCACUUUGUCUUCAGAAGAUUUGGCACGCGUGCACGCUUUGGAUCGUGCUCUGCAAGGCCUGGCGCUUACAUCCAGCAUGCCAUCGAACCACCUAUCUUCCACCUCCAACCCCCUUAAUCACUCCACCUCAUCCUCUUCUUCAGAUAGCUCUGAUGGCUCUGCUACCUCCGUAGGCUCUUAUAGUAUUGAUGACGGGGGGUCCAGCACCGCGGGCGGUUCGUCAGACUUCACAGACUUCUUGAGCGAUGACUCAGACUAUGAGCUUCAACGUCAAGCUGAGAUACGGGCAGAAAUUCUACACAGACAACGUCUUGAUCGCGUUGAGGAGAAGGAAUUUAGAGAUGCCCAGCAGAGUAUUGCCGCCUUUGGACUGAGCGACACAAUGACUCUGCAAGGGCUCACUCAUGGAACCGUUGGACGAGGGUCGGCUAUGCGACAUGCCAGGGCUAAAGGCCCCAGUGUCAACCAUUCCUUGCAUCUUCCACAGCAAUAUCAUGCGGUCGUCGUUGACAGGUAUAGAUAACGGAUUGAUCAGAGUUUGAGAUCUCAUCGCGUCACUCGUGAUCUAUUGGUUGCUUGGAUUUACUGCCUAUCUCCUUAUUGCGUAUAAUACUGACUGCACUGUAUGUUAUUCCGUCUUUUUACACCACACAUUGACAUACCGCACUCCACAAAAAAAAAAAAAACACGCCAUUGCGAAUCGGCGUAUUCCGAUAAUUGUUCAAUUGAAAGCUUCUUCGGUCUAUUUUUUCAAGCAGUUAACAUUGGAUCCCA